UCGAAUACCAGGGAGAGACAACGUCAGAGUCUGAGUGUGACCAAGGACGAGUGUGGUCAGGGAGUGUCAGUGUCAGUGUUGUAGGCUCCAAGGACGUGAUUAGCCAAGGAUUGAGCAGGAGGCUGUGUCUUUAGGUUUGGAAGUGGGAACCUGACCAGUUAAUAUAAACAGGGCUAAGUGUUAGCAUCUAAGUGUUGGGCUGUGACUGUGAGCAGGCUGAGUGUAAAUGUUGUGGAAAACAAGAAUUGAAAGCUGUUGGUGUGAUGGGACUGGAAUUAUAUUAGGUGGUCUGGAUGUGAGCAGAAACGUUGUGAAUCUGACUAAUUAUGAGUUUUCCCAAACGUAAUCUAUGGAGGACAAUGAGUGUGUGCAUGGUCUGCACUGCCCUCCAAUGCUGGAUUUGGAUCAGAGACAGUGUCUGCCUUGCCCAGUCUGGUUGGUAUAAGCCUGCAACUUACCCAGUGUGCGACGCCUCACAUCAGAAUACAGAAAGCUUAUCGAUGAUUCACGUCAAGGCACGAAAGUCCCCGUAUCCAGGGUCUCAGGUCCAGCGCUUCCCUGUCCCUGACAGCUAUGUUAGCUGGAGCGUGGCAUGGCCAGAAUAUGAGCCAGUGGAUUACACAGCAGAUAGUAUCCAGGCUUGUCCUGUGUGGGCAGAUCCUGACUACAGAAAGGAAGGACAGUCAGAACAUGGUCCACAAUUCAAUGCACUGGAUGGUAAAAUUGACCGGAGGAGCUUUCUGGGUUGCUAUGAAUUAGAUGAAGACAAGCUGCCUCUGAAUCCAAUGGGAAGAACGGGAAUCACUUCUCGAGGAUUGUUGGGAAAAUGGGGACCAAACCACGCUGCUGAUCCCAUUGUCACACGGUGGAAGAGAAAGGCAGGGAAGAAGGUGAUUCAUAAACGAUCUGGUAAACCCAUCCUGCAGUUUGUCACAAUAAAACGGAAGGAUAAUGGAGAAUGGGCAAUUCCUGGGGGCAUGGUGGAUGAUGGAGAGCUUGUGUCAGCAACCCUGAAACGUGAGUUUGGGGAAGAAGCUCUUGAUUCUUUGGCUGCCUCCACCUCUGAGAAGAAUCGCUUGAGGAAACUGUUCCAGAGUAUUUUUAGUAAAGAGAAUUCCAAGGAAGUGUUUACAGGAUAUGUGGAUGAUCCUCGGAACACCGACAAUGCCUGGGUGGAAACGGUGGCAGUAAAUUUUCACGAUGAGACAGGGGACAGUGUGGGACAACUGGAUCUGCAUUCAGGUGAUGAUGCUGGCCACGUCCAGUGGUCUGACAUUGACCAAAGCCUCCAGCUCUAUGCCACACACUGCCGCUUCCUGAAGAGUGUAACUGAGCUGAGGGAUGCCCACUGGUAGUGGCUAACAACGAUCAAUAUGGUCCUAGAGACAUUAACUCAAUGUGAAGUGUACAAAGAAUUAAGAAAAUGGAAGAGAGUAAGGUAAAUUGCACAUUGAGUCACAUUCUGUGCUACUAGAUUGGAAUAUCGAUCAUUCAUAGAGAAUGAACCUAAAAUAUUGUCAACUCUAUUCCUUCAUCCUGUCUCUCUUUCCUCUGUCACUUGUCCCUAUCCUCUACUGCUAUCUCCCAAUCAUCCUUGUUUUUCAUCCUCCCUUUUUCCAUUUAUUACAAAUAAUGUUUUGAGGAAAAUUGUAAAGAAGUUCUCAAACAAUUCAUUUAAUUGUCAAAGAAUAAAAGAAGUCAAUUUAUGACCCACUAUUAAAAGCAAUCAUUGAAAAGUGAAAGAACAAACCAUCUAU